AUGGCCUCGACACAGACUCCCAGUCCGGCUCGCGCAGCUAUCUUGACCUCAAACACACGAUCCUCUCAAGAAGUGACCCCUGACUUUACCGACCCAUCCUUCGAUCCAGCCGAUUUCCUCAACGAUGUCCUUCCCCCGCUGACGCUGGCGUCAUCGCAAUCCCGCGGCGCGGGCGCCGUCCCCCUCGCGGAAUUGUCCGCUCAAGUCCAAUCGAUCCUCACUCAGAUCAAUGCGCAGAAUGUCCGGCUUUCCAAUCAGCUCACACAGCUCACCGAUGAGAUACUGCGGAGUGGAGGGCGACUGGCUUAUGAAGUUGAGGUGCUGCGGGGUGAAGCGAUUGGGCUUUCGGAUACGUUGACCGAGGUCCUUCAGCCGGAUAUUGCCCAGUUUGUACCCGAGGGUCUACAGACUGCUGUGGAUAGCGACAAAGAUGUUGCUAUGGCUCAAAAGGGAGAAGAGGGAGAGACGGCGGUAGAAGAGGGGCAGGCGGUCGCUGAUCCGGAUUACAUCACGAAACUACGGAUGCUGAAUCAAGUACGGUCGCGACUGGAGGAUGUGGUUCAGACCUUUGGAGACUCCAUGGAGUGGCCGUUACCGCCAUCGGAGACCUCGCUGACGUCGUCAUUCAUCUCGGUCUCCGCCCCUGAACCUGGGCCCGAGAGCCAGAGUCUCGAGGAGAAGGGGCAGGAGGUUGCGAAGAAGCUGCGGAACGAGAUUACAGAGUUACUCAAUACCAAUGGUGGUGGACAAGCAGGUUUGGAUGCAGCUACGAAGCGGUUGGAAGCGCUACGUGAGUUGGCGACGAUAUGGAAGGGCUCCGCUGAAGAGAAGGCGCGAAAUCGUUUUCUGGAUAGUCUGGCGAAGAUUAUAGAUGACCGGCGCCGGUCACUGGAGAACCAGGGCAGUUCAGAUCAGUCCCAAGCGCGAUCCUCGUCGACGAGAGGGAAGACGAUGGGCCAUCAACGGCAGGAAAGCGAAGGGCCCGGGGGUGGCAUCUUCAAGAAUCUACAGCGCCUACGUGAGGAGAUAUACCUGGAAUGA